AUGGUCCACAAUCUGGCAGAAGUACUGAGAGACACUACUACUGGAACGACUGGGCAUCUGAAGCCGGUGAUAUUUGCCGGAAUUGCCGUGGCUCCUCAGGUGUCUCGAAAAUGCCGGGAGUGUCUUCAGGUUCCUAGGAUUGAAAAUUACAGUGGCAUUGUGGAAGUAGCGUCCAUUUCUACCGAUGCCGUGCAGGAUCUAGAUACAAUCAUCAAUGGUCAUGAUGUGGCUACUGCCGCAUCCAAUAUUCCCGUCUCAGUGCGUCGGCCCACCCCAGUCAUUCUUAAAGCCGCUUUAGCGCUCCUAGCCAUCUCGCACACAAACCAUACCCACGCCGUCAUUCUGAACCUGGGAGCCAUCAGCUCCCACUUCCCAUUCAUCCCAUUCAUCCCUGCCUCGCUCGGAGAACAGACACUUGAUAUGGACCCGUCCGAGUCGCAGGACCAACAUUCAGCGGAGUCUUCAACUUCAUCGCCUUCGACCCCGGGAGACAAUCCUGGAGUAACUGCUGCGCAUCCAGCACGAUCAAUCUUUAUUCAGUGUCCCAUGUUGCUGAGUCGCCUAUGCUGCAUGCUGGGGCUGGGAGCGGCUGCGCUAGACGAGAAGAAUUCGUAUCCUUUUCAGAACAUGACGGUGAUGCAGAUACAUAUCCGUACUAACCUAGGUAUGCCGGCCCAUGCGGGAGCCGGUGGGGAAGAUGGAAGUUGUACUGAGAUGUUUUUGCGGGGGGUGGUGGCGAACUGUUCGUCGAUGUGGGUGGAAAGGGUAGCAGAUGAAUGGAAGAAUAUAGCGCUGUGGUUGGCCGAGGAGGAGUCAUAG